AUGUCUUACAUUGUCAAGGAUCGGUUUGCCGUUGUUACAGGUGGUGGUUCUGGUAUCGGCCACGCACUUGUUCGACUUCUCCUCAAUGCAGGAUGUUCCGUCGCUAUCGCCGAUGUCCGUCUCCGUCCCGAAGCCGAAGCCACAGUCAAAGAAUUCUCCUCCUCCAAUAAACCCACAGCCAUCUUCUGUCAAACUGAUGUCUCCAACUGGGGCCAGAUCUCAACAUUAUGGAAGACGGCACUUGAGAAGUUCGGCAGAAUAGAUAUAGUGGUUAACUGUGCUGGCGUGUACGAGCCACCAACAAGCUCCUUCUGGAACCCCCCAGGCAUUUCACCCCUCGCUGAGGACCCUGAAGAUGCUCAGGUCGGCCAGUACAAGACUUUCUCGAUCAAUACCAUCGGCCCAAUCAGACUGGCCCAGAUCGCCGUUGACUAUUGGCAGCAACACCCAGAGGUGCAGGGCAAUUUGUUGUUCGUCGCUAGUAUGGGCGGCUACCUGCAUUCCAUGCAGACUCCUCUGUACUUUGCCAGCAAGGCCGCUCUGGUGAGCAUGGUGAAGUCUCUGGCUGGGUUAAAGACGGCUCUCGGAAUCCGAAAUGCCGCUAUCUGCCCCGGAGCUGUUUUCACACCUAUCUUCGAUCAAGAGUAUUGCCGCGAUAGACUUAAAAGCGAUGAUGUUGCAUUGGAGGCAGAGCAUGUUGCCGAGCUGACCAUGAAGUUGCUCCAAGAGCCCCAGUAUGGCGACGGUAACAUUAUGGAGAUCAUGAUGAUUGGAACUAAGGAGGAGCCGUCGGUUCAUACACGCGAGGUGGACUUGAUGGCUUUAUACCCCACUGUGAGUCCCAUGGGAUCACGUGCUACGGCAGAAGAGAUGAAGUUCUACGAGAAGGUGAAGGAGCAGGGUAUGAGACACUAA